AUCGCAGAGUCUGCUACUAUCGUUGUUUCCAACAGCAAACAGCUGAUUUCCAAACACAAUUUACAAAUUUUGUUUUCAAAUGGGAUUGAAAGAUUACUACACCUGGAAAUUUCCAAACAUACCUGAGCAUGUGGCCCAAGAAUUGGACCAGCUGGGCCGGUCCCUCGUGGUCGUUGGAGUUAUUGGCCGAUCACGAUGUGUGCUGGCCAACAAAAUGCGGGCCUUUGGGAUGGAACCACCUGUAGACCAUGAGCCGACUGACGGACAGUUGCAGUGCUAUUAUAAACCAGGCACCUCUACUUUGCUGCUGCACUUCGAAACGACCUUCGACGAUGCGAUUUUGGGUCAGCAGAUAGAUGAAACCAUGGAACAGGACGGGGCCCCGUUCGACUUCGAUGGCUUCUACGAACGGAUGAAGUGCCGGUUCGUGCGAAUGAUGCUACUGGCCCUCCACGUCUGCCACAUUUUAGUCUACGUGGAGACAGGUCAGACCUUUGAUCUCUCUUUGGUGACCAUUUUUCAGCUCAUGAAGUUCGGCAGAGAACAGCAUCUGAUACAGUUUCUGCCCAGUCUCUUGAAGGAGACCCCUGCUGGGAGACUGCUUGGCGAAAAGUGCCGCCUGUGUACCCCCAGGAUUCUGUUCCUCUUCGAGAACUUUACCAACGAGGAGGGCAAGACCCGGGAAUGCGUGUCUGCCUGCGAAUUUCAAACGGAGGACAGCAUCUAUGAGCUCCUGCGCCACCACCAGAUAAUUACCAACAGCAGUUCGAGCUCUCUGCUGGCUCUGCCCAACAAUAAGCAGUUUGUCUUCUACAAUGCCCACGAUCAGCUCCAUGCGGACAGACUUCUGCAAUCCAUAGAAUUCCUAAACUUGGACAUGCGCAAGGUAGAUGUCAAAGAAGAGGACGAUGAUCUGGAAGUCCUUGAACUAGCCCCCUUCGACGGGUUCGUCAAGUCCUUUGGCGAGUCCUUCGAAAACACAAAUUACGAGGAGCGGCAGUACAAGACAGAGCACACCGCCUGGCACUUUCUGCAGAGGCACGUCCAAGACGCAUUGCUAGGCUGCUUCGACGAGGGCUCCUUCAAGCAGGUACCACAAAGGGGACAGCUUCAGUUGCUCAAUGCCCAGGAGUGGCACGAUUGCACUGCGGAAUUGCACAAGCUGCUGGUGAGCAGUGCAGGAACACAGGAAUCACUUAACGAGAUCCGAAACGAGGAUUAUCAGGUCUUUUUGCAGUCCUUCGACGAGAGCCUAAACUAUGAAAAAAAAUUCUGGGAACAUCUGUGCGAGAUUGGCCUCAAGAUGGGCAUAGAGGCUUACAAAAAGGCUGCCCCAGCCAUCUACGGCAGCUCAAUGCACCAGCAAUUGCUGGCCGAAGCCACCCUCGCCUUUGAGGAGGAGGGACGCGGACCACCGGCUGAGGCGUCCAUAGCCAAGAUGACGGCCACCUGUCUCAGGCACUGGCAGGAUGGUAGGCAGCAGUGUGAGCAGCUCAGCCUGCGAUCCCAGCCCUGUACCCAGCCCAAGGAAAUGCCGCAUGACAAGCACAACAGUGGAGUGAUCCACGUUUCCAGCUGCAAUUGUGGCCGGACUCAGGGAAGGAGAGAGGACCCCUUCAGCCUGCGGCAGGCCAACUAUGAGUUCUACGAGCACAUGGUCAAAAUGUGCAAUCUUUGUGUGAAGGUCAAGCAGUUCAAGUUUCCCAUCUUCGAACCGACCAACAAUGAAUACCGGGCAGCGGCAUUUGAGGUUGCAUUUCCCCUGCUGCACGCCGGGAAGAAUCGUCUGGCCGAGGACGCAGAACUAGACCCGGACGAGGAGGAUGAGGAACUGCCAACGGGAGAGCGGGAGGAGCAGCACAUCACUCAGAGCAAUGGCUGUUCCCAGCCCUUGUCCCCCACAUUUGGAUCGGAUCUGAACAUGUCCAUAGCCGGCUUCGGAGUCUCGCUGAACGAAUCAGAACCGUGCUUCGAUCAGAGUUCCAGCUCUGAAGCGGAAUCCACCUGUAGCGGCACAUCCAGCGAGGAGUCAAAUAACGAGCUGGUGCUGCAGCUAAAAGAACCCGCCAAAAAGCAUGAGGAAUCCUGUGAUCCCGAUUCGAUCGCCCCUCUGCCCAGCAUGUGCUUGACAUCUACCACAGAAUAUCUCCCUGGCCUGGUGCACACCUUGAGUAAAGUUGGACUCCUGCCUCUGUUCCCCAGCUGGUCACUGGCCUGUGUCGGCCCCAGUUCCAUAUACAGCCACAACACGGGCCUACAGGAGCAUUUCCAAAGCGGCUUCCUCUCCGGCGCCAACUUCCUCCUGCCCUGGGACGUCCAGCUUAGGCUUGUACACGCCACCAAGCACUAUCACAAUUCCCACCAGCCGCAUAUGAGUAAGAAACAGCAACGAUAUCGCAAGCACGGCGAUCGGAUGGUGCUGAAAAUCUUCGUGGGGUUCGAGUACGAGUGCUCUCGCGGACAUCGCUUUAUGAUGUGCCGUCCGGACCGUGUGCUCCGUGGCGGAGCAGACAUCGAGCGGGACACCUGCAGCAAGAUGGUGCACACCAACAUGCCAUUGUACUAUCCUUGUCCUUGCCGAUCCCAAAAUAAUUAUUUGGCCCAGCUAAUGCGUAUCCAUGUGGUCACUCCCAAGGCUCCCGUCAACAUCAUCGUCGACCCCAAAGUCUGCAUGGGAAAGGACAAGUACACAUUCACCUUAGGCAGCAUGGUCCCACCCCGAUUAUCGCAGAGCGCCUACUGGAUCCUCCGACUGCCCUAUGUCUAUCAAGGCGACGAUGCCCUGAUUGCUCCGCCGGAGAAACUGGAGCCAGAUGACAUAAUGGCUGGCGGCUAUCUCUUGGCGGGUAUGUUUGGGAUUGCAGAAACGGAUCCAACACUGGACUUGAAUGAUCAGGGCCAUCUGGACACCAAUGAGCUAGGAACGUUUACCAGAAUUUGAGAAUGCCAAGAGGAUAAUUUCAUUGAUCAAUAACGAUUAACGAUCUUCAGGCUGUGCUCUAGGGCUGGAAUUAUGCAGAGCGGAUAUGGCUAGGCUUGCUUGAGGAGUCCAUCGGCUCUGAUUCUGCUGGGUGCUGGAACGGCUGGUGGCACUGGUGAUGGAGCAGCAAGUCAUUGAUAUUUUCAAGAAAACAACCUUUGCGAAACUGAAAUAGAUAUUGAAAUAGCCA